AUGUCCAGAAAUGGUAAAGGCAGUAGCACCGAUCAGGCGCCCUUUAUGGAAGAGUGGAAAGCACGUAGAGAGCGAAUGAGACUGCGCUCAUCUUCAUCAUCAUCUUCAAUAAGCCUCAGUGUAAACAGGUCAGUAGACCACAGUGUGUCCUAUCAUGAAGUGGAUCACCAAACACACCAAAAGCAGGAGCAAAUCAAAGAACUUAGUGGAAAGUCAACUGAGGCCCCUAGUAAAUCUCAAGCACAUGAUGAUAUGGAAAACAAAUUACAUGAUUCAACCUCCUCGAAAAUUAAUGCGAAGAAAGGGAACCCCCAGAAGAAGCAUCUUACUCAAAUAGAGAAACGGAAACUGAGAGAAAAGCGUCGGCCAACAGGUGUAGCCAAUAUAACACCAGUAGAGGAUAAUGAGGAUUCAGAACUAAAUGAGGAAAUUAAUAUCAAUAAUCAGGAGCUGAGUAGACCGCAGGGAAUUUGUUCAGUCAGCAAAAUGAUUAAUAAACAAAGAGUUUCUUUUUUUAGGCAUGAGAACAUGGACUCUCACAAUAAUGCUCAGAUUCAGGAAGAAAGAGAAAAUAGUCAAAAUGUGCGUCAGUGCAGGCUGAAGGAACUUCAAAAGGCAGUUGAAGUAAAGCAACAAGACAACCACAAACUGAGCACUGAGCUGAGUGAUAAAGAACAAACAGUAUUGCAGCUCCAGAAGGACAUGAAUAAUCUUACACAGAAGCUACAAAUAGCCGAAGAUGAAAACAAAACGUUAAAAGAUGAAAACCAGAUGCUGCUAAAAAUGAUGGGACAGCUAAGCAGUUAAGGCAAAAGCAACCCAUAAGAUUGUACAGUUUAACCCCACGUUCAAAGAAAACACCGGCUACUGGAAUACCUGGGCAUCUCCUGGUUACUCACCACCAAUCAAAACACGGGGACAAACAAAAUAAUUUAAUGAGCCGGAGAAAGCAAAGUAUAA